AUGCCGGCGAAUUUAUGCGAUAUGGAAAGAGCGGGUAACGGUGUUGAUGAACGCACCCUUCAACUUGCUUUCGAACUUUCUAUGUUGGGAUUAGAUCACAUAUCGCCAUCAACAAUGGCGAAUUCCGGUGUGGUUGCCGAUGAUAAUUUGGAUGUAACCCUGUCAAAUCCUGUGGGAUUUGCAUCGUCCAUCAUUGAAGAAGUGAGAAAUAAAAGGAGCCAAAACAUGACGGAAUGUGUUCCCGUGCCUAGUUCGGAACAUGUUGCGGAAAUUGUUGGACGCCAAGGGUUGUUUCAUUUGAACCAAACGUCACCAAAUACUAUAGUAGCCAUCCAUGUUUUUUAA